UAAAAUUUCACUAAAUAAAGUGUUAUCCACUUCAAUUUCUUAUACUCUUCCCUGCACCUCACAAUCACUAAGACACAAAUUUUCUAAAACGAGCCCAAGGGGAAAAUAUCACACCCUUGAAGGUCCCAUAUCUUCAACAUUUUUCAUCCUUGCAAGACUUCUAAGGGAAGAGCUGAAGAUGGCCCUGGAGAACUGUUUUCGGUUGAGCUCAGUUUGCAAUACCAGAGCUGCUGUGAUGCAAAGCAACCACUCUCAUUUAACAUCUGUUGAGAAGACUCAUUUGCCGACAUUUCAAGGGUUGAACAAACCCAAUCUCUCAUUCUCUUCAUCUUUUACCCAUUCAUUCAAUGGCAGAUGCCAAAAUCCCAGGCUCAUCUGCAAAGCUCGUGAAGCUGUUGACCAAGUUGAUGCGGUGACAGAAGCAAACUGGAACGAACUUGUGUUGGGGAGUAAAACUCCAGUUCUAGUGGAGUUUUGGGCACCAUGGUGCGGACCCUGCCGCAUGAUUGAACCGGUGAUUGCAAAUUUAGGAAAAGAGUACUCUGGAAAGAUAGCUUGUUACAAGCUCAACACCGAUGAAAGCCCCAGCAUCGCCACACAGUUUGGGAUCAGGAGCAUCCCCACCAUGCUGUUUUUCAAGGAUGGGGAGAAGAAAGAGAGCAUCAUCGGUGCAGUGCCCAAGUCUACCUUGGCUGCUAGCAUUGACAAAUAUAUUGAUACUUGAAACAGAUCAAUGGUAAGGGAACUCUGUUCAUACAAUGCCAGUUUUUACA